GCUCCCUGUUCAGUCAUUCAGGAAAAGCUUUGCACUGAGAGAAAUCAAGGAAACCCUACCCACUAUACUCCAUCUCAGCAGUGUGGAUUACAUUAGUAGUUAGUUUAAUAUUAGUUUUGAGUAUUAGUUUACAAAGGACAAAAAUUGACUUGUAAGGAAUGGAUCAAGGAGAACAUGUAGAAAUGGUACAACUUCAAAAUUCCACACUUUCCCCUCCUACAUUGUUCAACUCAUCAGACUGGCAUCUUGUUCAUGCUAUUGUACCGCCAUACAUAUUUAUUGUAUGUUUGGCUGGGAUUCUGGGCAAUGCUUUUGUAUUGUUGGUGUUCUUCUUACAGAGGGGCAAUUGGACUGUACCUGAGAUCUACCUGGGAAACCUGGCACUAGCUGACCUAAUCCUCCUGGCCUGUUUACCAUUUUGGGCCAUGAACAUCCUCAACUACUUCUACUGGCCAUAUGGAGAGUUUCUGUGUAGGUUUGUCAAUCUCUCCAUUAUUGUUAACAUGUAUGCUAGCAUUUACAUGCUGGUGAUGGUGAAUGUAGACCGCUACCUUGCACUAGUACUUAUUAUGAAAGCCAGGUGGCUGAGGAGGAGACGCAAUGCAAAGGUCAUUUGCUUUUGUCUCUGGCUUUUUGGAGCGAUCAUGGGCAUACCCACUGCCACAUUCAGGAGAGUGCAGUACAUCCCAAGUUUAAAGACAGAUGCCUGCAUUAUUCAUUACCCUUGUGACUCCUGGAAACUUGCCCACCAUUUUCAACUGGUCCUGUUGGGCUUUGCUCUUCCUCUCCUGGCGAUUGUUUUCUGUAGUGGUAAUAUUCUGUGGGUCCUUCACAAAAGAAUGGAUGGUGUUUUUCCACAGGAUAAAACUGACCACAAGGCAACAGUGCUAGUCUCUGCUGUGACCCUGUUUUUCUUCAUUUGUUGGGCUCCAUUCCAUAUUUUCACCUUCCUGGAUAUACUUUAUGACCUUGACGUCCUGGAUUCCCAUGCCUGGGGUCAUAUCUUAGAUGUCGGAUCUCAAUUUACCACAUACUUAGCGUUUCUGAACAGCUGUCUUAAUCCACUGCUUUAUGUAUGCAGUGGUCGCUACUUCAAAAGGAAAGUCAGUGAUAUCUAUAAAAGAAGAAAGAGCUCAACUGGGUCGGUGGCCACCACAAUACAACGUUCAGUUAUAUCAACAAGGAGUGAUCAAAUAAAAGCAGUUGUUUUGUAAAGCUGAAAUAUGUGCAUAUUGUGUUUGUGUGUGUGUGUGUUUCAUCAGCCAAUUCACAAUGUAGUGGUAGAAAUGAGCACUGCAUAUGUACUGCAUGUAUUAGGCACAAAUGAUUAUAAUCAGUAACCAGCUGAGCGUUCUGGAUAUACUCAAACAUUUACAUUUACCUGUAAUAGCACUUCUAAGUACUUGUAAACAUUGUCUAAACAGUUACCAUACUAGGCAAUCUGUCAGAAGUUUGUUUCCAGCAGUAUUGCUGUUUUGUACUGACCUUGUGUUGACCCAUGCACCACCCAUUUAAUAUGCUGUGCCUUGUUGUUUUGUUUGGAAAUUUGUUUAUAAAAGAAAUCUCCUUUAUUAUUUCAUAAUGAAGCAGGUGGGGGAAAGAGCUAUAUAUGUGUAACCUCAUAUAUGUGCAUUUUGAAAACAAUAAAACUCUCUUAUGCGAUGUCUGUAAGGA